GCCAGAAGCUUCUGUUUGGUGGGUGGUCCGCGCGGCCGUGGAGGUUGGCGGCUGUUGAGCGGGUCUCCUGGAAAAGGCCCUGGGCGGAACAUCUCGGUCGGAAGAGAAAAUGAGUUUAGCUCUGAGAAGUGAUCUUGUAGUAGACAAAACAAAGAGGAAAAAGCGAAGAGAGCUCUCUGAAGAACAGAAGCAAGAAAUUAAAGAUGCCUUUGAGCUCUUUGAUACCGACAAAGACCACGCGAUAGAUUAUCACGAAUUAAAGGUGGCAAUGAGAGCCUUGGGUUUUGAUGUGAAAAAAGCUGAUGUGCUGAAGAUUCUUAAAGAUUAUGACAGAGAAGCCACAGGCAAAAUCACCUUCCAAGAUUUUAAUGAAGUUGUGACAGACUGGAUAUUGGAAAGAGAUCCACAUGAAGAGAUACUGAAAGCAUUUAAACUAUUUGAUGAUGAUGAUUCAGGUAAAAUAAGCCUGAGGAAUUUGCGACGUGUUGCCAGAGAACUGGGCGAAAAUAUGAGUGAUGAAGAACUUCGGGCUAUGAUAGAAGAAUUUGAUAAAGACGGUGAUGGGGAAAUAAAUCAAGAGGAAUUCAUUGCUAUUAUGACCGGUGACAUAUAAAGGAUUGCGAGAAUCAACACCAAAAUGUUGCAGUUGUCAUCUGUAUUCCCUUUAUGUGACUAAAGUCCUGUUU